GAGGAGCUGCUACAGUCAGCACACAUCCCUGUCUGGUCAUGUUCCCUUCCAAGUCCACUGCUAUGGCACUGGCGAUUCUUCAGGACUGGUGUGGGUGGAUGGGUGUCAAUGCCCAGCGUUCACUGCUUAUCCUGGGCAUCCCUGAUGACUGUGAGGAAGACGAAUUCCAGGAGGCUGUGCAGGCUGCCCUCAGGCCCCUGGGCAGAUACCGAGUGCUUGGCAAGGUCUUCAGAAAGGAGAUUGGGGCAAAGGUUGCUUUGGUUGAAUUCGCUGACAAUUUGAACCAAAGUUUGAUCCCCCGACAAAUACCAAGUGAUAGGGGGCCCUGGUCUGUGAUCUUCCUGCCUCAGGUCCCUGAUAUCGAGUUACAGGGUACAUUCAAUUUCCCUGCACAGGCUCAUGGGCAAGCUUUGCAAGGGGCUUCAGGUGGGGCAGGGGCUUCAGGGACAUCAGGGGCUGCAGUUGAGGAAGGAGAUGUAGGUGAGACAGGGAAUGUGGGUGAGGCAGGAGGAGCAGCUGGGGAAGGCGCUGAGGAUGAGGCAAGAGUGUCGGAUGAGGAAGGAACAGAGGGUGAGGAAGGAGGAGCGGGUGCAGCCCCUCCUGCCUCCUUCCUACAGGAGGAAGGAGCUGCAGCUGAGGCAAGAGUGUCAGACAAGGAAGAGACAGAGGGUGAGGAAGGAGGAGCAGGUGAGGCAGGAAGAACAGGCAAGGAAGAAGCUGCAGCUGAGGCAAGAGUGUCAGAUGAGGAAGGAGCAGAGGAGGAGGGAGGAGUUAUAUAUGAGGCAGGAGUAAUAGAUGAAGCAAGACUGUCAGACGAGGGGGCUAUGGAUGAGGAAGAUGAUGUAGUUGAGGCAGGGGCUGCAAGAAUGUCUGAUGAGGAAGGAGCUGGAGGGGACAUGGGGGUUGCAGGUGUUAUAGGAGCUAUGGGUUGGGUAGGAGCUGCAGGUGAGGUAGGAGCUGCAGGAGAAGGAGGCGUUUUAGAGGCAGGAGCAGGUGAUGAUGGGUCUGCAGGUGAAGAGGGGUCUGUGGGUGAUGAAGGGUCUGGGAGUGAUGAGGGAGCCGCAGGUGAGGCAGGAGGUUCAGGUGAGGAAGGGGCCUUUGAUGUGGCAGGAGGGCCACAUGGGGCUGGAGCCUGGACCCAGCAGUGGAGCCAAGCCCUGCAGCCCAUCCUGGAAAACAUGGCCUACCAGGAACUGAGACACUUCUCUGGGAUGGAAGAGCCCGGCUGUGGGGGUCAGUCUUUCGAGAGCUGGCUGGACCAUGCCAAUGACAUGCUAUACCUGUGGCGCCACAUAUCCGAGAGGGAGAGGCGGCGGCGGCUGGUGGAGAGCCUGGGGGGCCCUGCCCUGGAUCUCCUGUGUGAGCUUCUGGAAGAACAUCCAGACCCUGCACAGGACUGCCUGGCUGCACUGGUGCAGGUGUUUGGCAACAAGGAUACCGUGAUGACCGCCCGGCUGAAGUUCCUGACUUGCUCCCAGCGGCCUCAGGAGACCCUCUUUGCCUAUGUGAUGCGCCUGGAAGGUCUGCUGCAGAUGGCCCUGGAGAAGGGGGCCAUCCAGCCUGCAAUGGUGGAUCAGGCGAGGGUACGGCAGGUGCUGAUGCGGGCCAGGCCCAACCAGAUGCUGCAGAACACCCUGAGGAGGAUGCGGCUGGAGAGGCGGCCACCUGGCUUUGUGGGGCUGCUCAGGCUUGUCCGGGAGACUGAGGCGUGGGAGGCAGCUCUGGCUGAAAAUGCGGUGGUCCCAGUGGGGGAAGGGGUGGAAGUGCAUGGUGGAGAGCUGGAUGUGGCCCAGGCUGCCCUUGUCAGUGUUGGGGGUGCUGAGCCUGCCCCUGUUGUUAGAGAGGCUCUACCAGCUGGUGAAGAUGCUGGCCAGGCUGCUGCUGCUGUUCUUGAGCAAGCUGCUGGGGCUGCUCCUGAUAGUGAUGGUGCCGCCAUAAAGGCAGGCCCUGACUCUGAUGAGGCCAAGGUCUUCCCUGUCACCCAGAGAGAUGAAAAUGUGUUGGCCCCUGCUGGCUCAGGCCAGGCGAGGCCCACUGAGGGCCCAGGUGUGCCUGAGAGCUUGGCCGGUACAGGAGAUCAAGAAGCAGAGCAGCCUGUAUCAGAGGGACUGAAGGAAGAGUCAGAAAAUGAGGAUGGGGCAUGGGAAGAUAGUCACCCCAAAUCCUUCUUUGGCAAAUAGGCUCAGAAGGUCCAGGGGCUUCCUCCUACCUCAGGCAGUUAAGUCCUAUAGGAAGGCAAGGUAGGCCCAAGGUCUGUGCUUCACCCCAAAGGUGUAGCAGGGCCCAGAAAAGGUUUUGCCCAGCUUUAAACCAGCUCCCUUUCUUAAAUCCUCAAGGGAUCCUGGCCACCACCAGCACCUCCCAUUUGAGUUAUGCAGGUGACCACAUUUGCCACCAAGUAGAGUGGGGAGAGGUACCCUUUUCCAUGACAAUAUCACCUCCAGAUCUAGUCCUAAACUAUUCUGGCUUGGCUUGCCUGAAACACAUUGCUGAGGUCCCAGCCCCAAAAUUAAGGAUGUGGCUUGAGAUUCCACCUGUUCUAGUCUGGAAGAUGUGGCAAAGAGGUCAUCCCAACACUUACAGCUACUUCAUUCUCCCAACACAGGCAGCCCACCUCCUCCCAUUUGCAGUUUCUAGGCUGGCUGCUUUCUACAAUGGUACAUUCACAUUAUCUGUCUACCUCAUAGUGACCCAGCUGUCCAGAGAAUUCACCUUCACACACUCUCCCUCAUCCAUUGGUUUUGUGCAAAGCCAUGAGAUAAAUUAACCUGGGCAAAUGAAAGUUCUGGCCACCCGGUCAACAACUUCCAUACAGAGGCAUGCAGUAAGCUGCUGUGCUGGUCAAGCCUUUCCUUCCCAUAUUAUGAGCCACUUGUUUGCUUUCUCAGUGUGAACCUAGGUCUGCCACUGGCUGAUUGUUUUUCAGAUAUGUGCAUUGUCACCUGAGCACAUCCUUUCCAGAGACCCCAAGUUUAGCAUCAGGAACCAGCAGGAAGAACAGAAGACAAGGGACUGGGUGAUGCUUAUCUUGUGACUAUCACUUGAUGGAUCUGUACAGGCAAAAAGACAUAGACCCGGGAGGGGCUUGAACACCAUGUUUUUGUUCCAUUUAAGUUGUUAUUUAUGACUCCUAUAUCCUCUACUUGGUGGGGUAUUCUGUGUUGUGAUUUCUGAUGUCUAUAGCUGGCCUGUGUCAGUAUUAGGACAGGGCCACCCCACAGUGUGUGACCCCUUGAAGUCAUCCUCUAAAGUAAAUGAGUAUUACCCGAGGCCAUUGUCUUGAUAAGAUGCACAUCUUGGAUCUUUGAAAAAGGAGAAAAAUAGUGAGGGGCCCCAAGGUGCUUUCAGAGCCUCAGGAGGAGUACAGUCUGGGAACUAUAGCUUCUGGUGGCUAA